AUGGGAACAGCACCGAGGCACUUUCUUGGUGUCAAACCGCACAAAGCGCUGCUGCUGCUGCCUUUUCUGCUGACAUUCGUGCUCGUCGGGAGCCGAGGCGAGAGCCAAGCUAUGGACAAUGUCGCAACAGAGAGGAUGGCUGAGGAGAGCCACCGCCAGGACAGCGCCAACCUCCUCAUAUUCAUAAUGCUCUUAACGCUCACCAUUCUGACUAUAUGGUUGUUCAAACACCGCAGGUUUAGGUUCCUGCACGAAACCGGACUCGCCAUGAUCUACGGCCUUUUGGUGGGUGUGAUCCUGCGUUUUGGCGUGCAUGUGCCCCAGAGCACGAAUGACCUGGUCCUCAGCUGUGCGGUCAACGCCAGUCCUGCCACACUAUUGGUCAACGUCAGCGGUCGCUUCUACGAGUACACUCUGAAGGGAGAGGUCAGCCGCAGCAAAGGCCACCAAGUGCAGGACGAUGAGAUGCUGAGAAAGGUGACCUUUGAUCCAGAGGUGUUUUUCAACAUUUUACUGCCUCCCAUCAUUUUCCACGCUGGAUACAGUUUGAAACGGAGACAUUUUUUCAGGAACAUCGGCUCCAUCCUGGCCUACGCUUUCAUCGGAACGGUUAUUUCCUGCUUCAUUAUCGGGUUGAUCAUGUAUGGCGUUGUUUCCUUCAUGAAAAUGGUGGGACAGCUGGGGGGAGACUUUUUCUUUACUGACUGUCUCUUCUUCGGGGCCAUUGUUUCGGCAACGGACCCAGUGACAGUUCUGGCCAUUUUCGCGGAGCUCAAAGUGGACGUGGACCUGUACGCUUUGCUCUUUGGGGAGAGUGUCCUCAAUGACGCCGUGGCCAUCGUUCUUUCAUCCUCCAUCGUGGCGUACCAGCCUGCAGGAGACAACAGCCACAGCUUCGAGGCCAUGGCCAUGUUGAAGUCCUUUGGCAUCUUCCUGGGGGUCUUCAGCGGGUCCUUCGCUCUUGGAGUGGCCACCGGGGUCAUGACCGCUUUCGUGACCAAGUUCACCAAGUUGAGGGAUUUUCCUCUACUGGAGACUGCGCUCUUUUUCCUCAUGUCCUGGAGCACUUUCCUCUUGGCUGAAGCCUGUGGUUUUACAGGUGUGGUGGCUGUUCUGUUCUGUGGCAUCACUCAAGCUCACUACACCUUCAACAAUCUCUCUCCUGACUCCCAGGACAGAACCAAACAGCUAUUUGAGGUGCUCAACUUCCUGGCAGAGAACUUCAUCUUCUCCUACAUGGGUCUGACUCUCUUCUCCUUCCAGUCGCACGUGUUCAACCCUCUGUUCAUCAUCGGAGCCUUUGUGGCAGUGUUUGUGGGCAGAGCAGCGAACAUCUACCCGUUGUCCUUCCUGCUCAACCUGGGCCGUAAGAACAAGAUCGGAUCCAACUUUCAGCACGUCAUGAUGUUUGCAGGUCUGCGUGGAGCUAUGACCUUUGCCCUCUCAAUCCGUGACACGGCGACCUACGCCCGUCAAAUGAUGUUUUCCACCACGCUCCUGAUCGUCUUCUUCACAGUCUGGAUCUGCGGAGGUGGCACCAUGCCCAUGCUGUCCUUCAUGAGCAUACCGGUCGGCGUUGACUCCGACCAAGAACACUCUACUACAUCCAUGUUGGAUGGGUCAGUGCGGAGGAACACCAAACAUGAGAGUGCCUGGCCCUUUAGGAUCUGGUACACCUUUGACCGGAAUUACCUGAAGCCCCUCCUGACUCACAGUGGUCCUCCUCUCACCGCCACGAUGCCGGCCUGCUGUGGACCACUGGCACGGUGUCUCACCAGCCCACAGGCCUACGAGAAUGAAGGUCCACUCUACGACGAUGACGCUGACUUUAUCCUUAAUGAUGCCAACGUGAGCAGCAUGUACGCCGACGUCACCAUCAGCACCGAUGCGUCCGGGUCACACACCAUCAACCGAAAGCUCUCUUCAAACGCCAACACCGGGUGCGGCCCGUCCGAUGAAAGCCUGGACCACGAGCUAGCCUUGGCGGAACACGAAGUGGCGAUCAGAGGUACCCGUCUGGUCCUGCCCAUGGAUGACCCCAUAGACCCACCAAUCACCGUCACUCUGCCGCCGCCUCCUUCCCCGCCACACUCUGACCCUCGCAGACAUAGACUGUAAGAAAACCGGUUCUGUCAGGAUGCAGUUUGUCAGGAAAGUCUCAAAUCAACCUGUGACUGUUGUAAGAAAUGGAGGUAGCACUUAGAGUUUAUCAAGCUGUUUGUUCCUUCCACACACCCCACUCUGCUCUAAGACCCCCCCCCCCCCCCCCUGUGCUAUGGCCAAUAAUAAUCCUCUGCUCCACUGCGUAGCAUCCUUUUGUGCUUUAAUCUCACUGUUAUGAAGUUUUAUUCCCACUGCUUAUCUUUGUGACUAAAGCGUCAACUAAUGAUUUAUUUGGGACAUUUCUUCAGUUUAGUCAACUAUUCAUUGACAAAUAUGAAGAGUGUUCUUUAAACCUGAACAUCUUUACGUGGUCCAAACUGAGGAACCCUUUCAGAGAAUAUAAAGAAGUAAUUUAAAGAAGUCCACUGUUUAAUUCCUGUCGUCUCCAUAGUUUGCAACAGUCUCUCUACCUCCAUUUCUUAUACACGGUUUAAUCUAAUCUCCUAAACUAAUUUCACUUGCAGUUUUGUCUUUUAUUGUUUGAUUUGUCAACGCCCUCUCCCAUUUGUCUAUCUUUUUUUUUUUAACAUUCUUACAUUUUAGAAUACUACAUUUAAUCGUGAAUUUGAAUGCACUACUGUACCUGGAAGUUGAGAUACUGUCACCUCUUUGCAUCCAAGACUUUUCACUUAACUACAAAAAAAAUCAUUUAAAAAAACUAACAAGAAAUGCAUGAGUAACAUUUCCAUCAUUUUUGCCAAUCUUUUCAGUUGGUCUUUUUUACACGCUCUAUUUAUUUAACACAAAGUGAUUUACUGUAUUUGUACAUGAUUCAUCCUGUUGAUUUAUUUAUUUAUUCAUGUCUUGUAGUGUGAAAUAGCAGUGCUCGGAGGUGGAAGGAUUACUUUACUUAACAAAAUAGUCUGAAGGUACAAUGUGCAGCAGAAGGGGAGAUUUUUAUUCCUGAAGUUGGAAGAUCUGGCCUUCAUUAUUCUGUAGCAAAAUGUUUCUAUCAUGUUUCUAUCAUUUAUAGAAAAGUUGGUAAACUUUUUACAUUGUCCAAACUAGUGCUGUCCCUCUAUAAGUGGCAAAACUCUGUAGGUCAUAGGGUGGCAUGCAGUGUGUAUGAGUGGGUGUGUGUGUGUGUGGGGGGGGACACUGAGCAGGAAAAUGUUUACAGCCAGUUUAAUUUCCCUCUCAUGCCCCGACAAUUCUGUCAAUAUAUGAGUAAAUAAACAAUUAAAAAAUAUAUAUGUUAAAAGGUUCAAUUUAAACAUUGUCUCCUGCUUCCCAGUAAACAAGACAUCAAUUCAAAUGUGUAGAACGACUGCAAUGUUUCCAUGAACAAAUAAAUGGUUGGUUAAAAAAAAAAAAGUCUCAAUGAAAAUGUGACUUGUUAAGCUGUAAACUGAGGAGAGACCUCAGUGUAUUCAGCAGUGUUUUAUUAGGCUGCUCAUAUCAAAGUUAAGAGUCACUGGAUCAGCACGUGUUUAAAAGAAGUAUCUGUGAAUCCCUAGUCCAAACCUAAAUGAGUUUUGAUUUAGGUCACGCUGUAUUAAAGACCCGAGCUGCUCAGAAGUCCACGGCCGUGGUUGUCUUUUUCGCCACGAUGCACCCGAUAUUUUGCGGUGGAAACAUUUAUUUUAGCUCUUCAUCCUAGUUGUAUGGUUGUUACAAAUGCAAAAUGUACUAUUGCAGUUUAAUCCAAGUGUUCGGAAAUGUUGGUUUGUUCUUUCUAUGUGGAAACUCGAGCUUCCCUCUGUGUGACUGUGUAUUGGGCUAAUCAAGGUUAGUUUACUUUUAUGUUGUGAUUUCUGCACAGAAUCUAUUUGGACUGUGUGGGUGAGUGUGGGUGCCUCGUUUGAACGAGGCAACAGAGGUUACUUUUGACAUAAAACACUGGACGGACAUCUCCUGGGUUUUCUAUCAUUACAUAAUAUCAAAAACCACUGUGUCUUUUUGUGUUGAUUUAGCAUUAUAUAAAAUGUGACUCUUGAGGGCUGGCUGAACUGUUUUCAAUUAAAGUGCCUAUUUAGAAGUUCUAUGACAUUGAUGUAGAUUUGUAUAUAUUUGAUUUGCUCAGUGUGAUCAUCUUUGUUUUUGUUUUUGGAACAUUUGACCUUUUAAUGAUAAAUGCUCUAUGUUCAGAAGGUAGUAGAUGUUAAGUCACUGUCUUUACUGAUUUUUUUUUUUCUUUUCCAAUGCCCCAUUAAGAGUGUGGACUAAAAAAAAAAGUACUUACAUUUAUGAAUACACUCUAAGCUUCUGUCUGUCUGUCAUUCUGUAAACACAGGUCAUCCGUGCCCUAAAAAAAUGGAAAUGAAAUGAUUUAGAGUUUAUUUCUUAACUUAAAUGAUAUGAAAUUACCGUACACUAAAAGGUGUUAACUUGACACAUUUUUAUUUUAGGAAUUUUUUUUGUGUGUGACCAAGCUCAUUUACUUCACAAUAUUACUUCAUGAAAUGCAUGUGCUAUUUAGUCUGAACAGUAUUUUAAAAUUCACUCUGAUGACAUUUUUGUUUCUUAGUUAAGGUACUGAAAAGAAAAGGCGUUAAUGUAAAGCCUUUGGAUUUUUUUAUUUUUAUCAUUUAUUGCCGAUAUUUGACUUAUAAAAUCAUGUAAAAUGACUCAAUAAUUUAAAUAUUGAGGAUAAUGUUUCCGAAAGAGCCAAAAGAAAAGAUCAGUAAAUGUCUCUUCUGUUUGCAGAAUCUUAUAAUAACAGUUGUGUUUGUGAGAAGUCAAUCUACUACAGGCCUGUAUGUGAAUGUUUUAAAUGUGAAAUCAUGUUAUGCCGAAAAUGGAUCUCAGAUUUAAAGGUCUUUUUUUCCUGAGUAGUUCCUAAAGUUAUGAUAUCUCCUCAGUGUGAUGUCUGGAGAUGUUCGGGAAAUAAACUAAAAAUAAAACUUGAAAUUCACAAAA